AUGCUUGAGAAGUAUCAAGGCUUUCUUACGAAGAGCAACAAGGAAGAAAAAGGGGCCUCCACCGAUGAUGAUAGUGAUGACGGAACUGUGAUGGAGCUUGGUGACGUUGCCCCCCCAGAACCCGAAAAUGAUGAAGAUUACUGUCCGAAAAAGAAAUCAGCGAGAAAGCCGCCGAAGAAGAAGACUACUGCCGUCAGGAAGUCUGGCCGACCAGUUGGCCGACCCAGGAAGGCGACUCUCAAGAAGAAUAACACUGCGACCCCGAAGAACGUUGGAGAUACUGAAGCUGGAGAGAGCAGCACCCUGGACUCUUUCGACGUCCAGAAAACACCAACAAAGAAACAAACGGGGGAUAUUCCACUCGAUAGCGGACCUCCCUCGUCUGGCCGCAUCAAACUCAUCGUCAGGCCAUCUCAGACGUCUACCUCGAACGAGCCCAACAAUCCAAAACCUGAGGUUACCAUGCCCAGGAUAGAUACCCCUACCCCUUCGCGCGCUCGUGUCUCGAAAGCAAAAUAUGCGAUUUCUGCCCAAUAUGCAACGUACGCUUCGAUGUCGACAAGUGCGCGCUUCGCCCAAACAGCUGUUGACAGCGCUAAAGGGAUUGCUGAUACCGCAACACUUGAUGCCCCCAGCAAUAUCAUCGAUCCAAACAAGCUUAUUUUGGGAUUUUCGAACAUAAAGAAAGAUGGCAAACAGCAUGUUGAUAGAGCUGAGUUUGCUUGGAGGGCGGAGAGAGCAGAGUUCGCAGGGACGGCAUUUGAGGCGGAUGAUGCGUUGCAAAUACUGGCGAGAGGAGAACACGGUGACGCAAAGGGUACUGAUUGA